CAAGUCUCCACCGCAACCGGUGACGUCCUGGGAUCGACCACGCUCACCCACGCGGACAGUUGGACUCGGAGCAGCGUCCGCCGUCCAAAGCUCCCCCGGACCUUGUCUCCCCGGUGCACAUCACGUCUCGACCUGUCUCGACUGAGCCCGGGUACAUUCCCCGCAGGAUGAUCAUCCCCCCCGGCCCUGGCUUGGAACUUGGAAGGGCUUGAGGCUUGAGCGUAUAAAGCUGUGGGGCGCCUCGAGCCAAAUUUCAUCUAUUGCUUAACACUUGAACCUGCGACGCAGCAGCGCAACUUCGAAGAAGAAAGAAGAGCAUAUAGGCGAACUGUCCCUGCGAUGCUUCUCACAAGCGUCGUUUCGGUCCUCCUCGCCGCCUCGUCGACGGCUUGGGGUAAUACCGCCACGCCCUCGUUCGACACGGCAAGCGCCAACGGCAACGGCACGUCGACGUUCUCGGGGAACGUCACAAACUGUCCUGGAUACACGUUGCAGAACCUCUCGCACAACGAGCACGGGAUCACGGCUUCGCUCAGCUUGGCUGGAGACGCGUGCAAUGCCUUUGGGAAGGAUAUCGCGAAUCUGACGAUCGAGGUCGUGUAUGAGACAGAAUCCAGACUCCACGUCCACAUCUACGACACCGCCAAAAACCAAUUCACCAUCCCCGACACCGUCGUCGCGCGCCCCGCGCCGCCGACCCAGUCGCACACCACCACCUCGGACCUCGAGUUCAGCUACGACGCGUCGCCGUUCGCGUUCUGGAUCACGCGGCGCUCACAGCCGGACGCGAUGCCGUUGUUCGACACACGCACGCGCUCGCUGCCUGCGACGCCGAUCGCGUCGACGCCUGCGGGCGGGUCUAGCGUAAACUUAGACGGGUUCGAGCUCGUGUUCGAGGACCAGUAUCUCCAGAUCGCAUCCGCCCUGCCGAAGGGCACGAACGUCUACGGUCUCGGCGAGGUCAUCGCGAGCAGCGGGUUUAGGCGCGACAUCGGCGCCGACCCCGGCGAGAACGGGACGCUGCAUGCGUUCUGGGCGAGCGAUAUGGGCGAUCCCGUCGAUCAGAGCAUGUACGGCUCGCACCCGAUCUACAUGGAACACAGAUAUGACGAAAGCACGGGGACGUCCUCGACGAACGGCGUCCUGCUCCUGAGCUCUAACGCGAUGGACGUCGUCCUCACGACCCCGCCCGAUUCAAACGUAUCCCUGAUCGAGUACCGCGUUAUCGGCGGCACGCUCGACUUCUACUUCUUUGCGGGGCCGACUGCGGGCAGCGUCAUCGAGCAGUACGGCGCGCUUAUCGGGUACCCGUUGUGGCAGCCCGCAUGGGGGUUCGGGUUCCAUCUCUGCAGGUGGGGGUAUCAUAACAUCUCGGAGACGCGAGAGGUCGUCAAGGCGAUGCGGGCGGCGGAUAUUCCUUUGGAGACCCAGUGGAACGACAUCGACUUGUUCCAAGUGUUCCGCGAUUUUACGUCCGAUCCUGUGAGCUUCCCAGGUGACGAAAUGAGGGAGUUCAUCGCAGAACUGGCUUCGAAUCAUCAACAUUAUAUCCCGAUCGUGGACGCAGCCGUGGCUGUUACAGCGAACUCAACGGACGUGUAUGACACAUAUACCAGCGGAGUCGAACAAGACGUAUGGAUCAAGAACCCCGACGGGUCCAUGUACAUCGGCCAGGUCUGGCCCGGAUACACCGGCUUCCCGGACUGGUUUGCACCCAACACGGAGGCGUGGUGGACACAGGCGUUCCAGAAUUGGAGCGACAGCGGCAUCACGUUCGACGGGAUAUGGCUGGACAUGAACGAGCUCAGCACGUUUUGCUUUUAUUCCUGCGGCACGGGAGCGAAUCUCUCGGACAUACAGCCGUACGUAGGCGCAACCUCUGUCGAGGGAUGGCCGGAAUGCUACAACGAUACGCUCUCCGGGAAGAGCGGGAACAUGACCGUCAACGGCACCAGCACCAACUCGUGCGCCAGCGGCUCCGAUUCCAGCAGCAUUGGCCCUCAGAAGAGGAUGUCCAUCGUCAAUCGUAACGGGCGCGGCGUUGGCGCGGGCGACGAGCCUGGUGUUGACCUAAAUAGUCCGCCGUAUGCAGUUCAUAAUUCCUACGGCGGACUCAACUUACACACGAUCGCGACAAACGCGACGCACGCUGGAGGCUACGCCGAGCUGGACGUGCACAGCAUGUGGGGCCUCAUGGAGGAGAAAGCGACGCACCACGCCGUGCAGACUGUCCUGCCGGGUAAGCGGCCGUUCUUGAUCUCCCGCUCGACGUUCCCGUCCUCGGGCAAGUGGACUGGCCAUUGGCUGGGCGACAACAACAGCACAUGGCAAAACAUGUACUACAGCAUCCAGGGUAUUCUGCAGUUCCAGCUGUACCAGAUACCGAUGGUGGGACCCGAUACAUGUGGCUUUAACAGGAACGCCGAUGAGGAGCUGUGCAACCGGUGGAUGAUGAUGUCCGCGUUCGUGCCGUUCUACAGGAACCACAACACCUACGGUGCCCUGUCCCAGGAGCCGUACAGGUGGGACAGCGUCGCCAACGCGUCGCGUAUUGCUAUUGCUGCGCGGUAUUCUAUGCUUCCUUACUGGUACACCCUCUUUGCGAACUCGUCUACGGCUGGAACCCCACCCGUCCGCGCCCUGUGGUACGAGUUCCCGAACGAGCCGGAGCUCUUCGCCGUGGAUAAGCAGUGGCUCAUUGGGAGUGACAUCCUCGUCACUCCCGUACUUGAGCCCGGAGCGACUACUGUUGACGCCAUCUUUCCCGGCCGCGGCAACGUCACCUGGCGUGACUGGUGGACGCACGCCGCCGUUAACGCCACGUCUGGCGGGACCACAACGCUCCCGGCGCCAAUCAGCACCAUCAACGCGCACAUCCGGGACGGCUCCGCGCUCUUGCUGCACCAGGAGCCCGCGUACACGAUCUACGAAACGCGCCUGGGCCCCUAUGCGCUGCUCGUCUCGCUCUCGGCGGCCGGUGGCGCGUUCGGCACGGCGUACGUCGACGACGGGGAGAGCUACCCGCCGGGAGACAGCCGUACGCUCACGUUCGUCGCGAACCCCGGACAGUUCCGGAUCCAGAGCGAGGGCGCGUACGACGUCGCUCAGAAGCUGGAGACGAUCACGGUGCUCGGUGUUGCACAGAAGCCGAGUGGUGUGAGCGUGCAGGGCCGGGCAGUGGGCAACUUCACAUACCUGCCAGCGACGGAGGAGCUCGUUCUAAGCAACUUGGGCUUGGAUUUGAAUGAGGGGGCGACGGUGAACUGGCAUUAGUGUCAUAAUUUGAUUAUUUUUAGUACCCCCUCGACGUAAUGUAACGAAUUUUUAGCACACUUAAAU